CCGUGCUGAUGCAAGAAAUAAAUCUACUAAUAAUUGCCAUUCGUUAAUACACAAUACUUUAUAUUUAUAAUACCUAGUUGCUGGGUAUAUCCGCAUACAUAUCCAUACAUAUUUAUAUAUAUAUAGAUCCGUAUAUAUAUUCAUGCCAUGGAAACACAGCCAGCAGCCUCAUCUGUGCUUGUUCGCCAAGCAACAUCUUCGGCAGACUUGGUCUCUGUAGUCGAGUGCUUCAAAGCCUAUACAACCUGGCUAGACGAGGAUUUGACGCAUCAAAACUACAACGCCGAACUCAACGGGUUGCCUGGGAAAUACGCAUCGCCGGCCGGCGCUCUCCUCCUUGCUGUGGAUUCAACAACAGACGCUGUUCUCGGCUGCAUUGCUCUGCGGCCGAUAAACCUUGAGCCCAUGUACUUAGAGUCGCGCUCCGAAGGCUUGCGCUACUGCGAACUCAAGCGCUUGUUUGUGUACCCAGAAGCCCGCGGCAGACGGGUGGCCAAGACGUUGCUGGCAGAGGCGCAAAAACGGGCUCGAGAAGAGGGAUAUGACGAGAUGCUGCUGGAUACGCUCUCCAAGAUGACGGCUGCCAUUAGCCUGUACAAGUCCGAAGGGUUUAUGGAGGUAGAGCCGUAUAAUUCGAGCCCCCUACAAGGCACUCUGUAUUUUGCAAGACGGCUGCAGACAUAACUUCGAUGAUACCUAUAAGUAUUUUAGCUGAUGAGGAUACUGCUUAUGUACAUUAAUAGUACCUACAUUAGAUGGUUGUACCCG